GUCUUAUGUAUGAUCCUAACAUCAGCACUGGCCCCUCUCUCUUUCUAUUCCUCGACAGGACAGUGAGCAGACAUGUCUCAUCGUAAAUUCCACGCACCCCGCCAUGGACACAUGGGGUUCCUGCCCCACAAACGUAGCAACAAGCAGAGGGGCAGGGUGCGCACAUGGCCAAAAGAUGAUCCCAGCCAACCUGUCCAUCUCACUGCCUUCCUGGGAUACAAGGCCGGCAUGACCCACAUGCUGAGGGAUGUGCACCGCACUGGCCUCAAGCAAUCAAAGCGGGAGCAAGUGGAGGCGGUAACCAUCAUUGACACUCCUCCAGUCAUUGUGGUGGGGGUAGUGGGAUACAUUCAGACGAUCCGUGGCUUACGAGCCCUCAAAACCAUCUUUGCUGAGCAUCUCAGUGACGAGUGCAAGCGCAGAUUUUAUAAAAACUGGUUCAAGAGCAAAAAGAAGGCCUUCACCAAGUACAGUAAGAAAUGGCAGGAUGAGACAGGAAAGAAACAGCUGGACAAGGAUUUCGAUCGGAUGAAGAAAUACUGUACAGCUAUCAGGGUUAUUGUUCACUCCCAGAUGCGAUUGCUGGCCAUUAAGCAGAAAAAGGCCCACAUCAUGGAGGUGCAGCUAAACGGGGGAAGCAUCGCGGACAAGGUGGACUGGGCUAAGGAGCACCUGGAGCAGGCCGUGCCCAUCUCUGCCGUCUUCUACCAGGAUGAGAUGGUUGACAUCAUUGGAGUCACUAAGGGUCGUGGCUUUAAAGGUGUGACAAGCCGCUGGGACACAAAGAAGCUUCCCAGGAAGACUCACAAGGGUCUGAGGAAGGUGGCCUGUAUUGGAGCCUGGCAUCCGGCCCGUGUGUCGUACACUAUAGCUCGUGCAGGUCAGAAGGGCUAUCACCACCGGACUGAGGUCAACAAGAAGAUCUACCGUAUUGGUAAGGGAGUGCACAUCCAGGAUGGAAAGGUGAUCCGUAACAAUGCCUCCACUAACUACGACACCAGCCAGAAGACCAUCACACCCAUGGGAGGCUUCCCCCACUAUGGUGAAGUGAACAAUGACUUUGUCAUGGUGAAGGGCUGCGUGGUGGGGACCAAGAAACGCAUCCUCACCCUCAGAAAGUCUUUGCUCGUGCACACGUCUCGCAAGUCCUUGGAGACCAUCGAGCUCAAGUUCAUUGACACCACUUCAAAAUUCGGUCAUGGUCGCUUCCAGACUGCCCAGGAGAAGAGGGCAUUUAUGGGGCCUCUGAAGCAGGAAGCCCUGAAAACACAGCGGGAGCCUCUGACCGAGGAGGCCUGA